GUAUAUAGCAAUUAUUCACCCUCUAAGGCCACGUCUGGGCCGGAAGACGACAUUGAUGAUAGCCACCAGCAUUUGGGUGGUGGGAACAAUACUUUCUAUACCAAACCUGAUAUUCUUCACCACGCAUACGGAACAGUUUCCUAACGGUGACCAGCGGGUCAUCUGCUAUGCUGAGUGGCCGGACGGUAUCACCACGAAUAGCUUUCAAGAAUAUGUUUAUAACGUUUCAUUCAUGAUAAUUACGUAUUUUAUACCCAUUGGACUGAUGGGUUUCACCUACGCUAUGAUCGGUCACGAACUGUGGGGAAGUCAAAGCAUUGGAGAAUGUACACAGAGGCAGCUGGAGCACAUAAAGUCCAAGAGAAGA